AUGACGGUCCUCAAGCUUGUACUCGGCCUCGUUAUGGUGGCCUUCAAGGCCAUAGCCGAGACCCCAUCGACUUCCGAGGUCUCCCUGGCGCAGCUCAUGGGCGGCGUCGACUUCUCACCCAUCGAAGUUCGGCAGGAGGGCACAUGCGCUCCUGGAUCCGUCCGCUGCAACAGUGGCUGCAUGCCUGUAGGAUCCGUUUGCUGCACUCGCGGCUACUGUCAAACAGGGGAGUACUGCUCAAGCAGCAACACCUGCUGCCCUAUUGGCAAGACUUGCUCAGGCCCGGGAGUCUGUCGGGAUGAACAAGUGAGGUGCAAUACUGGCUGCAUUCCCAAAAGCAAAGUAUGCUGUCUGACCGGCUACUGCGACGCCGGUGAGACCUGCCUGGCAAACGGAAGAUGCGGUACGGGCGGCGGCGGCGGUGGUGGCGGCGGCAGCAGCAGCAGCAGUAGCAGCGCAACAGCCUCAAGCCGGUCUUCCUCGCCGACAACCACUCGCUCCUCAUCCUCGACCACGCGAACCACGCGCACAACCGCCCUCUCCACCCCGACACCAACCACCAACACUGACCCCUUUUUUGGGAUUCCAACCGCGACCGGCCCCAGGGCUGGAGAUCCAACCACAACGGGGCCCAGGGCCGGGGAUCCGUCCACGUCUCCUGGACCGACAGGAGCUGCUAUUCGCGGGCAGCAGCUCUCUGGAUUGGCCGCGGGGCUUGUGAUAGUGGUGGGAGGUGUGCUGCUGUGA